GCGCUUUGAUGCUGUGACGUCAGGGCACUGGCGACGGAGUGACGGCACACGCAACCUGACCUAUUAACCGGGAAAAUGUACUGAGAAAACACAUGGCAUAAUUAAAAGAAUCUUGGAAAUAUUUAUGAGAUGAGUUCAGCAAGAACUUUGGUAUACAUAUCUGGACGUCGAAGUGAAUCUGGUACCCAUAUUCUACUACCACUGCCAUCAGCUGCUGUUCUCUUCCUGCUCCACUACUGUGAUUGCGAUCUCUUUGAACUGCUGUUUGUAGAUGAGAAAACUGAGAAAUCUAAGUGUGUCAGUGUAAGCUUUGCCGUCCUCUUGGCCACAAAGCACAGAUUUAUUGACCAGUCUUCAUACCCCCAUUGCUGUGACCUCCCUGUGGUGUGUGAUGACCCUGUUAUUAGGUCAGGGCUAUGUUCUACUCUGCGUUGUCUAAUCAAGAAAUGCCAUGCUAAGAACCCAGAGAAAGAUCUCUGUGACCUACUGGGAUUCAGAGGUGGAAGUCUUAAAGCUUGUGCUGAGAUAUCAGGAUGGACCAAACUGUGUGAAAUUGAACUUCCCUCUUCAAUCACAAAUUUGUUACACAACAUCAGAUCAAAAGAAAAAGAAGCAAAUGAAGAAACAAUAGAAGACAUAGCAUCAAGAGAGAAUGAAUGUGAUACUAAAAUGGGGGUUGUUAUCUCAAACAAAGAUACAGACAAGAAAAGUGAUGUGGCAUUGCCAGAGGAUUUGAUGAAGUUAGAAUGGCAUUUCAGGAAGCCACCAUCAGUUCACAAUGAUGACAAAAUAAAGAGGGCACUACUGUGUCAAAUCAAACAGGAACUGCAGGAGAUUAAAGAUCCCAAGGAGUUCAGGUUCACAAGAGAAAUUUUUCACUCACAUUGUAAGAGUAGAUUCAGAAUAAGAAAACCAAUCCAGCAGUGUAAAACUUCAGUAGAUAAUGGACUGAAUGGGGUAUCUGACACCACAGGGAUAUUAUCUAGCAAUGGAAGUCUUAGUUCAGAUAAAUUAUCUACUGGGGAGAUAGACCUCCAGAGUGACAAUGCGGUGGAAGAUGUUUGUGAAAUGUCAUUGACAGAACUUACAAAGUUUGUAUCUGGUCUAACCAUCCAUGAGAUUGACUUUGUUCAUCUGUACUCUGAGGGCACAGACAUCACAGUGGCAGAUUUAAUUCUGUUCACAUACAUUUACUUUUUGUUGCAAACUAUUGGCUUUGAUAUGAGGUUGAUCAAAGGGCACCUGCCAUGUAUAUCUCAGUGGUUUAGUCACAUGACCACUCUACCUGAAGUGAGACGUGCAGCAGUAAAAAAUCAAUUUGAUCUGAGCAGAAUCUCCAAUUCUGGACAAGAAAAUGAUCUCAGGUUUUACGUACCCGAUUGGGUAAAGCCUCCUGACCAUGAUGAAAUGGAAUUGAGUCGAAGACUAAGAGGAAAAUACAGAGCAAUCAAACCAGAUAUUACAAAGGCACUCAACAAAAUCAAGUGUGGAAAUAUAGAGGAGGAAUUAGGCUCGCACCCUAGAGGUGACCAAGUACAGCUGGACUGGGAGGGAUUUCCUGUUCGAGUAGAUCCGGGAAGAGACCUUCCAAAGAAGCGUCGUCAGAGGAAAUGUCAACAGUUGGAGAAUCUGGUCACUGCUGUCCUGGAGAUUCACAGACCUGGUGAUGUCAUAGUGGACUUCUGUAGCGGAGGGGGACAUUUGGGUAUUGUCAUUGCUUACCUUCUUCAGGAUUGUAAGGUGUAUUUAGUUGAGAACAAUGAAGAUUCUCUGCUUCGUGCCAGAAGUCGUAUAGAAGAUCUGAAACUCCAAAAUGUCACCAUAUUUCAGUGCAAUCAGGACUAUUUCCAUGAGAAAUUUGAUUUAGGAGUGUGUUUACAUGCAUGUGGUGUUGCUACUGACAUGGUGCUAAAGCAAUGCAUUGAAAAUGACGCUCAGUUUGUGAUAUGUCCAUGUUGCUAUGGAGGUAUUCAGGAAACUCAUUUUAUUACAUAUCCCAGAAGUCAACACUUUAGAGAUGCUGGAAUUGAGUACAAGGAAUUUUUGACUUUAGGACACGUUGCUGAUCAGACUGAAUUCAAUAUGGCUUUGGAAGAGCAAGGAAAAUUCUGCAUGAAUCUGGUGGAUAUGGACAGAAGUCAUUAUGCCAGGGAACAUGGCUACACGACUUCUCUUUGUUCCUUAAUACCAUUGUCAUGUACACCUAAAAACAAUCUUUUAAUUGGAAGAAAAGUGUUGGUUAGCUGACGGCGCUAAUCAGUCAAAUGUUAGCUAAAUGAAUUAUGACAAAGUAUUUCAAAAAAAUUGCUUAUUUUAUAUUUUUAAUGUCCUGUUUUACAUGCAAAUACAUUUUACAAAUACAGUACAAGCUAAAUGAAAACAAUAAAUUUAACAAUAC